AAUGUGCAAAGUACAAAUACUGCCUGUUAAGCUUAAGUUGGCUUUUUUCGAAGGCUAUUCCGCUGAGAAAUAAAAAUAUGAUUUAUGGAAUGACAUUCUUUGUCUUUAUCCUGCUAUGGCUUUAUCCCACAAUCUCUUCGAAAGAACAAAGCAUAUUUUUGCACGCAAACACCAGAAUUGUUGGGGAUCAGCUGUUUAUCUCCUGGAAUGUCAACACCCGACUACCAUAUGAAAACCAGUCCAAUAAAAUUAAUUUCCAAGUCAAAUACUGUCCACUGAAAAUCAUAUAUCCACAAAAUUGCCGGGGAAAAAACAUUAUGCUCUGCAACGCUACCUACCAAAGACUGCAAAAUAAUGCAUCAAGCAGCAGCAGCAUCAGAGGAGAGAAGGAACAGUUGGCCAACUACAUACGAGAUUCAAGUCCUCGUUUGCCUUUGUUUGAGAAAAAUAGUUCUGUGAAUAUUCGCGGAGAAUGGAACAAAACUGGUUCAGCGUUUAUAUGCGCUGUGCGUAUAGACGAAUGUGCAGUUGCUUACCCCACAGUUCCAACCAAAGGACAGGUCAUGAUAAUUUCGUCGGUUGCCAAUUACACUGAAGAAAAAGUUCUUCUUGAUAUAAAACAAAAUAAAGUGCCAUCAAAGCACCUUAAUCAACCAAAGGAUAUCGUUUUGAUUCAAACUGACAGAAAAACAGUGAUUGUUAAGUGGAAAACCUGUCCUUACGACAAUCCUGGAGGGUUUCAUAUUGGGUUUUCCCUAGAAAGUACAGGGGAAGUAUUGAAAUGCGGGCCAAGGUUAAACAAGGAUGAAGCCUAUAAACGUGAAUGGAAAUGCAACUGCAAAUUUGAUAAUCUGCGAGCCUACACGAACUAUACAGUAAGCGUACAAUCGUAUAAAUUGAAGUCACGAAGUCUUGCUGGUGUAAAGACGUUUAGGACAGACGAGCAAGCACCAUCCUCACCGCCGACCUUCGAAUGCGUCGUUUGCAGAGAAAGUAACUACGAUGAUUUCUACAGGAUUAUACAUAUGCGAUGGAAGCUACCACCAGCAUUACAAUUGAAUGGCUUGGUGCGUCAAACUUAUAUCAAAUACUGGGAGAGAAAUAAAGGAAGAGCUAAUAAAAUCGUAACGUUUCAUACCAUGACAACAAAUGUAUCCCUAAAACUCAGAAUAAACAUGGAAUAUUACGUACAAGUGCGAAUUUGCACGCUUCAAGGACUUUGCAGUGAAUACAGUGAUCCAAAAGUCAUAUAUAAAUCUCCUGAAAAAAACGUAACUACGAUUUCUACCAUCGUUAAGGCCAGUUCAGGUGAGAAUAAAAAAAAUAUUUAUCACGAUAGCCAAUUAAAUAUACGCGUAUGCAUGUGAUCUCAAUUUAUCCGGAGUAUUAGCAAUAAUAAUUGUUAUGUUGCCAAGAGGUUUCUCCACAUUUCGACCUAAGCCCUUAAGGGCCCGGGCUUAUUUCAUGAGAUGUUUAGUCGAAUACUAACUCUUCUGGUGAAGGCCUUAAACAAAAACCGAAACAUCAAAAGGAAAUUGUAUUUA